UUUUGUUUAUAUUUUGGCUUCCGAGCAACAUCUUUAUAUCUGAAAUUUUACUUAAUUUUCUCUGAUAUAAUUUACUUUCUAUAAAUUAUUCUUAAAAAUUAAUGUGCGCUUACUUCGCCUGCGUUGAGAAACACCUCUAAAACCAUGGAAGGAUCAUUUUGUGAUAAAUAUUCAUUUAUUGGUGAAUGGUAUGAUAACCAAGCGAGUAUGGUGCGUCGAUUUAAUUUGUACUACUACACAUCUGAUGAUACUAUUGAAAUGUUCGAUCUUCGGAGCCGGAAAACAUUUUUACGUCGAGUCAAAGUAAACGGAAUUAAUUUAGAAAAUUUUUACAUUGGAGCCACACUAUAUAUACUGGGGAGGCACAUUAAAGUCGUUGACUUCGCUUGUGAAUAUACGAAAAAGAAACUGCAUAAAGACAUACAGGUAACAUUUGUAAUAAUUAAACCCCUUGAAACAAAGACUGUUGGCAGAAUAUUGAGUAUGUUUCAUGAAGGUGGGCUACGUAUAACUAAAUUGAAGAAAACCUAUUUGUCAACUGAUGAUACACAUGUUUUACUGAAAAGUGAAGCAGCUGAUAAUACAUUUCCUUUUUUACUAGAGCAUUUGACUGAAAAAAUGGUUCAUGGAGUAGAAUUAGUUGGGAAGGAUGCUGUAUCUGCUUGCCUGAAAUUAGCUGGGGACAAAGAUCCAACAAAAGCAGCGGAGGGUACCAUAAGAGCGCUUUAUGGGGAAGAUCUGAUAAAAAAUUGUGUAGAUGUUGCACCUUCUUUAGAGGUUGCUGUUAAGAACAUAAACUACUUCUUCCCACCUGCCACUAUGAAUUCUGUACGUUUAAAGUUGACAGCCACUUUGUCAAAUUGUACCUUGUGUAUUGUGAAGCCACAUGCAAUACGGGAAGGGAAACUCGGGGCAGCUUUAGAAGCAAUAGAUGAGGGUGGCUUUGACAUAACCGCUUUAAACAUGUUUGUGGUGGAGAAUGUUAAUGCUGCUGAAUUCUAUGAAGUCUACAAAGGAAUUGUACAGGAGUAUAAGGGUAUGGUGGACGAAUUAGCAAGUGGGCCAUGCGUCGCCAUGGAAAUUGUCGCCAAAGAUAAAAAUGUUAACACAGCAGUGGAGUUCAGAAAACUAGUUGGUCCCUCAGACCCUGAAAUAGCAAGAUUAUUGCGGCCAAACACACUAAGAGCUAAACUUGGAAAAACAAAAGUGCAAAACGCGAUACACUGCAGCGACCUCGCUGAAGACGGCGUACUUGAAGUGGAAUACUUUUUCAAAAUCCUAGAUAUGUAAAAGGCUGAUACUUAACUACUAUUUAUUAUACUGCCUGAGAUGUUUGUACCUGUGCUCAUGAGAUGGUAAUGCAAAUUAAAUUAAGUUUGAUACCUUUA